AUGGCUAUUACCGAUCUGCUCAAUCGCCGAGUGCGAGCUCGACCAGAAGACGAGGAUGUCUUCUCUGAAGCAUCAGGUUCCGACGAGGAUUCGCAAGCUGGCUCUGAUGCCGAAUCCAACUCCAACGAAUCACACGCAGACGACUCCUCCGCCGAAGGCACAGACACAGGAUCUAAUUCCGACUCCGACUCUGAACCAGACAUAGAAGAAAAACCAGAAUCCGAAGCCGACAACGACGACGACUUCAAAGCCUCACUAGCAGACAUCUCCUUCGGCGCGCUCGCCAAAGCCCAAGCCCUAAUGCGCGAGAAGAACAAGCGCACACCAAAAGACGGCACCACCGCCGCCUCCUCAACCGUCGACGAAAUCCGCACGAAACUCCGCGAAGCACGCGAAGAAAAGCUCGCGGCAGCCUCGAAGUCCAAAUCUAAAGAAAAGAAAAGCCGCUCCUCGAAGCACGCGCCGAUGGAGCAAUCGUCCAAAUACGCCGUGACGCGCAAGCGCACAGCAGUAGAACUCCCGCCCGCGCCGCGGUCGCGCGACCCGCGCUUCGACGCAGCCGUCAUGGGCCACAGCGGCGUGGGGAAGCACCCGCACGGCGGAACGGCGUAUGCAUUCCUGGACGAGUACCGGGCGUCUGAGCUGAACGAGUUGAAGGAGCAGAUGCGGAAGACGAAGAACCUGCAGCAGAAGGAGAAGCUGAAGGGGGAGAUUCGGCGGGCGCAGGAUAAGCUGCGGUCGGCGCAGAAUAAGAAGCGCGAGGCGGAUGUGCAGGCUGAGCAUAAGAAGCGCGAGAAGCAGUUGAUUCGGGAGGGUAAGAAGGCUAGUCCGUACUAUCUUAAGAACUCGGAGUUGCAGAAGCAGGUUCUUGAGAGGAAGUAUGCGGAGAUGGGAUCGCGGGAGCGGGCGAAGGCGCUGGAGAGGAGGCGUAAGAAGAUGACUUCUAAGGAGCGGAAGGAGAUGCCUUGGGAGAGGAGGGGGGCGGAGGGUGGUGAGGAUGGAGGCAUGCCUAAUGGAGGGAAGAGGCGGAGGUUGGAGUAA